AUGUCUUCGAAUGUCGACUACGAUGCACAGGAGCCAUUGACUAGUUCUGUCAAACCAUUAACCAACGCUGUAAUCACAGUGAGAGUGAUCAAAUCUUUUCCUUACAGAAACGUCAAAAAUAUCAUCUUCAAUGAUUACAAUUUGAUGGAGAAAACGGUUCAAGAUCUGCUGGAUGACUCCUUGUCGUACAUAAAGUCGAAUGGGGCGUUUCGAGCGCUGCGCAACGUCGACUACGACACUCUCAAAGUUUAUACGCACGCCCACGGUUCCAAGACGGUGAACCUCAUCAUCAACUUUGACCACGACGAUGACUGGGUGUUGCAAGACAUGAGCAACAAAUUAGUGGACUGCGAUAUUGGGAAUGAGACGGAAAUUUCCUUGUUCAACAAGAGAGCCUAUCAGGAAUAUAAAGCUAAUCCAGAAGAAAAAUGGUUGUAA